GUCAUCUCUACGUUAUCUAUUCAAUUCUUAAAGCUAAAAAAAAUAGGUAACGGUUGGCAGCAAGGCAACACCUGUUGAAAUUAAACAAAUAACUUAAAUAAUGGCAGUAAUUUGUAAUAUCGAUGAUUUAAAAUGUACAGAUAAAACAAAUACAAAUGAUAUCAGCUUUUGGGACUUCGUGAUCACAACGUGAAGAAUCGGUUGUCCUAAGGCGAAUAACUUUCCAAGCAAAAUAAGCUAUAAAUAUGAACGAGAAGGAUAAUUUGAGAUUUCAUUAUCGUUUACAUCGUCGAGAGGUCCUAUAUUGAUCAGUAGAGGAAAGUAAGGAUGUUGAUAGCAGUGGUGCUUGUUCUUGCGUUGACUAUCACAAAUGGAAAAAUUCUUGGGCCCACAGAAACAGAAAAAAUUAACACAUUAGCCACGCGGCAUAUGUUUGGAGCGUUAUCGAAUGGCAUUGAUAAUCUUGCAUGGCGUAUAGAAAGAAACAACGCAUGGUGUAAUAACGAGAUAAACCGGAUCCGGAAAUAUGUCUGCUCCAAAUGUGCUUCAAGCCCUGUCGUUCCUUCGAUGGCGGAUAUACAACAAAAUCUGAACAGACCAAUACCUGUUGUCCUGCAACUCUUUUUCGAUGUUUUGGACAGUUUGACGCCAUCUUGGAUGGUUGAGCAAGUUGGUGAACGUAAAUAUAUGAUGGAAGAGGAUUUUCGAAGAACUGCAAAUUAUCUGAAAGCAGUAAUUUCACCAGAACUAGGAACACCACAAGAAGAAUCAAACCGCAUUAGCAGAGAAAUCGACGAGAAACUUGGAAAAGUUGCAAGCAAUUUUCAAAACUCUGGAAUUGUAGGCAGACGUAAACGACAAUCUACCAUAACCAUGAUCAGGUCAUGCUCCGACUGCGCUGGUCUAGAUGGUAUCAACAUUGAGGGUUACAUAGAUAUAGUUUGUGGUCCAACGACGUUAAUGAACAUUCAAAGCAUUUUGGACUACGCUGAUAGAUACCGAUCAAUAUUCAACACAACUUUUGGAAAUGGGGACCCAAUCAUUCAAGAGGUGGACUUUGAUGAGAGCACGGCGAUGUACGAGUUUUCUCCCUUCAGAUUUGAGGCUGAGAUGAACAGUUACAAAUAUAGAAUAGAAGAGACCAUUUAUACAAAAACCUCAACACCUAAUUCAAUUAAUUCUAUAGCGUUCCACAACUUGAAUGAAACUGCUAUAUUUAUGGCUGAGGAUAUCCUUAUGAAGCACGUUUAUAAUACAGUCCAAGGCUUCGGUGUUGCUUAAUCAAUCUAAUUAAUCAUUAUUUGGAUAUUUUAUAACGAUAAUAAACACGUCAUACGU